UACAAGAGGGCGAAUGAAUUCGAAUUUCGGUUCUUCAAGGUUGAUGGAUGUGAUGUGAGGAAGCAUGAAAUCACAUGUGUGCGAGCAAAACAAAACAUCUUUUUGAGUUUUGAUCCUGAACAAGUCGAAAUCAUGAUUGGAAAGUCUGUUUUUCGAGCUCUUAAUGGAAGGCAAGAGUUUGUGAAAAGAUGCUCGAAAAUUGUCAUUCGUGCGUCUUCAACCGUGCCGCAGAUGAGUUUGCCUUUGUCAAGUGAAAACAGCAAUCCCCUACCCUUUUUCAGAUCAAAACAGAACAGUCCAUCAUUACACGGCUCAAACAACAGCGGCCAAUUUUAUACCAUCGACCCGAGCAUAAAAAAGCAACUGUUUCUUUACGGUGGCAUACCAAAGACCUAUGAUGAUUUGUGCAAGACUUUCAAAGAAACUUGCAUGAUGAUACGAGAACCGGCGUUGGAAAUCAUGGAUUAUAUGAAAUCCACCAAUUUCAACAAUGCCGCCACAAGAUACUGCCUUUAUGGUAAAAUUGGAACUGGAAAAUCAAUGACCAUGGCUCACCUACUUCAUUACGGAUUUGAGAACAACUUUGUCAUUGUCCACGUACCUUGGGCGCCAUACUGGUACAAAUUUCCCAAAGAAUACUCAGACUGCCCAACAAAAGAAGGGAUGGUCGAUUUGCCGCUUGACGCUGUUGCUUGGUUGAUUCACUUCAAGAAUCAAAACUCUCACUUGCUUGCAGACCCUAAAUUGUCAGUGUGCCAAGAUUGGGAAUGGAGCAAGAGAGAAAUCACGAAGAAAGGGGCACCACUUGCUGAAAUUGUUGAAAUGGGCAUCAACAGAGUAAAGCAUUCUACCAAUUGCAUAGAAGCGCUAUUACAAGAGCUCAAGCAGCUGUCUGACCUUAAAAGAUGUAAAACUCUUGUGGUGAUAGAUGGAUUCAAUAUCUUUUUCUCUGACAAGACUAAAAUCAAGACCGCUGCCUUUGAGAAAAUACCUCCAAAAAGAGUCACCAUCACUAGUCCUUUCGUCGACAUUACCAAACAAGACUGGAGUAAUGGUGCUGUAAUUGUUUCUGUGGAUGACCUAGCGUUCUUCAGAAAGGAUGAGAGAAACACCCACUAUCCACGGGGGCUGCUAGGUGCAGAGGGCUUUGAGCAUUUGGAUCCAUUUAUUCCAAUUGAAACUAAAAAUUACUCCGAGAAAGAGUUCCACUACUGCAUCGAGUACUUUCUGGACAGAAGAUGGAUUAUCAACCCUCACGCAGCAUCUGAGGAAGGUAGGAAAGAGCUGGCCUUUUUAAGCAACUGCAACCCUUUCAACUUGCUGAAAGUGACUGCGCCACUGUAGGCUAUUUGAAAGGACAGCCUCAACUAGAGUCUAUUUGUAAAUUAAGGAAUAAAUUUCUUUAAAUGUUA